ACACAGUAGUUUGCAUUGCUGAGUGGGGGAUUCAGACCCUGAUCUCCCAGUCUCCAACACUCAAACCACUACGCCCCGCUGGCUCUCCAUUGCCUUGUAAUGAAGAAGUUAUUAAUUCUUGUAUGUUUAAACUGGUUAAUUUUCUCAAGUACUCAGGAAAACCUUUUAAAUCCUCUUAAUACAAAUUGAUGUGUACUUACAGUGUAUCUACCUAUUGUGUUAGAGGGAAUGGUUGUUGUGGUAGUAUAUUCUGUUUAGAUAAUGUGUUUCAAGUUGGCUUGGAGAUGCUUGUUCUAAUCUUAUUCUUCUGUGAGCUGCUUCUUAAAAGAUGUUUCUGCUAAAGAUCUCCUUCCCUUGUGCAGAAACUGCACAGAUAUAGCAUUGUGCAUUACACUGAAUUGAUGAAUGCAUGCCAGUUCAUGUGUAGAAAGUGAAGCAGAAAACCACAAUCAGCAGUAAAUUUACUGCACAUCCAAUGAUGUAUGUGUGUAUCUUAACAUACGUAAUAAAGUACAUUUCUGACUUCUAUGUGGGAAUUUUUUUACUGGACAAAACUGCUAGUGACAGGCAAUAAAGUGAGGCAAAUUCUAACGUAGGGAUUUCUUAAAGAGUUGUUCUUUAAGAAAGAGGGCUUAAGGUUAAAAGAAAUUCUGUUUCUAACAGAAGAUAUGUUCUGGAAACUGAGUACAGAAAGAAAUGGGUUGGCUGUUCCACCCAUGACUAUUUUUAUAGUCUUUAGCUUGAUUAUGACUGUUAUGGCACACUCAGUGAGUUUAGUUAAUUGUUAAACUUUUUAUGUACAGUUACAACUUUUUAGAAUUUUUGAUAGAGUUGAGGAAGCUUGUGGUUUUUAAUUGAAGGGACAUGAUAAAUAGUAUGGCGGUGUGACAUCAGAAUGUUGUACAGAGAUCUAAACUUUGUUAUUUUGUACUUUGUAUUUUGUACUCCUAUAUAUGGUUCUUUAGAAAGAAAUUCAAUUGAAGGCCCUUUGCUUUUCCCUACUAAGUGCAGAAUGUUGUACUGUAUUUAUCUUUGAGUUUUUCUUGUUAAUUUUAGCCCCAUUUUUCAUUAUCUCAAGGUCAUAUUAGUUCCUGUUCCUGUCUUUUAAUGCAAUGGCUAGCCUUCCCAGUUCUGUGCCAUGUUUGUGUUUGAUGAGCAUGUUCUGUACCUAUUGUUUCACGUUAUUUGUAAAGAUGGUGAAUAACACUGGCCGUUAGACUUAACCCUGCGGCACCCGGCUCCUUCCUUUAUCUCCUGGUUUUUGAGUAUGGCAUCAACCCAGCAACACACUCAUUGUAUCGCAAACAUUUUGCUUGUCAGGCUACUGUGAGUAGUUUUAGUUUAAAGCCUUGGGGAGACUGCUAUUGGACAUCCAAAGAAUGAAAGGAAUAAAAGGUUUCUGUGCUCUGAUGGAUGAAAGGUAUGUGUACCACUGCGGGGUAUUGAAUCUGUUUUAAUAGAUGCAGAGUUCAUGCAAACAGAUUAUAAGAAAUCUUGUUAGAGUAGCUCUGAGAGCCGCAUUUAGCAUGGUGGGCUUCACAUUAAUAGUAUUUACUUGUCCAUGGUUUAUUUAUGCAAACCACUGGUGAUGCAGAAAACUACUAACACAAAGGACACAUUUUCCUGAAUGUGGAUGUAUUCAAGUACUGCCAUUAAAACAAAAUACAUGGAGAAAGCAAUGGCAAACCUCCUCUGAACAAAUCUUGCCGAGAAAACCCAUGAUAGGUUUGCCUUAGCUGAAAAUGACUCGAAGACACACAACAACAUCUAAAAAUCAUCAUGAUAAAAGAAAUCACCUAGCAAGUUUUUGGGAGAUUACAUGUUGUAAAGUGACAAUGCAGAGUGCCACUUCUUGGAAUAGUCAACUUGUAGCUGUGCAUGUCCACCUGUAUUGUGAGUUCCUGGAUUAUUUGUCUCAAUGUUGAUCUGGAAGUCAUCUGUUCUUGCUGACACUUCCCUGUUUUCUGCAUGGUGAACAAAACAGCUGAGGAAUGGCCACUUCCUUAUUAUCUUUUGUGGCAUGGAAACGUGUAUAAAGAUGCAGCUGUGAGCCUCAGCUGUGUGUCUUAUUGAAGGGACCUAAUGUUUUACGUUAUUGGUGGGAUCACAGUAUCUGUGGUAGCUUUUUUUUUCACCAUUAAGUUCCUCUUUGAGCUUGCCGCACGUGUAGUCAGCUUCCUCCAACAUGAGGACCGGGAUCGCAGAGGAGAGCGGACCAUUUAUGACUACGUGCGAGGCAACUACUUGGACCCCCGCUCUUGCAAAGUGUUCUGGGAUUGGAAAGACCCCUGUGAGGUGGGCCACAGCAUGGCCUUCCGAGUGCAUCUGUUCUAUAAGAAUGGUCAGCCCUUCCCUGCUCAUCGUCCUGUGGGACUGCGAGUUCACAUCUGUCAUGUUGAGCUAGCAAUGGAUAUUCCUGUGACCCAAGAAGUACUUCAGGAGCCCAGUUCCAAUGUGGUGAAGGUAGCAUUCACUGUACGUAAGGCUGGACGCUAUGAGAUCAGUGUAAAGCUUGGAGGCUUGAAUGUGGCAUACAGUCCUUAUUAUAAAGUCUUUCAGCCAGGUAUGGUAGUUCCCUCCAAAACCAAAAUUGUUUGCCAUUUCUCCACUCUGGUGCUGACAUGUGGGCAGCCGCACACUCUGCAGAUAGUUCCCAGAGAUGAAUAUGAUAAUCCUACUAGUAACUCAUUAUCACUGGUAGAUGAGCACAAUUAUAGCCUCUCAAUCCAUGAGCUUGGUCCCCAAGAAGAAGAGCCUUCUGAUGUUUUGUUUGAAAAGUCUGUGUUGUCCAAUCAACAAACUUGUCAAGUUUUUCUGAGACUCACCUUACUCUGUAGAGGAUGUUUCCGUGCCUGCAUCUCCUACCAAAACCAGCCUAUUAGCAAUGGAGAGUUUGAUAUAAUUGUUCUAAGUGAGAAUGAGAAGAACAUUGUAGAGCGAAACGUUUCCACCUCAGGGGUCAGUAUCUACUUUGAGGCCUACCUUUACAAUGCUAGUAGCUAUGCCAACACACAGUGGCAUCUUCCUCCUUUGCAUUUGGGUUCCUCACAACGCCGACCUUCCACUGCUACUGAAGAUGAGGAUGAAGACUCUCCUUCUGACAGCCAGACCCCUGAGAAAGUGAAGAAACCAAAAAAAGUGUAUUGUUACGUUUCACCCAAGCAAUUCUCAGUAAAGGAGUUCUACUUGAAGAUCAUUCCUUGGCGUCUCUUUACUUUUAGAGUAUGCCCUGGCACCAAGUUUUCUUACCAUGGGCCUGACCCUGUGCACAAGUUGCUGACACUGGUGGUGGAUGAUGGGAUCCAGCCUCCUGUGGAGCUCAGCUGCAAGGAGAGGAACAUAUUGGCGGCCACUUUCAUACGCUCUCUGCAUAAAAAUAUAGGAGGCUCAGAGACUUUUCAAGACAAAGUCAACUUCUUCCAUAGGGAAUUGCGUCAGGUGCACAUGAAGAGACCUCACUCCAAAGUUACUUUGAAAGUCAGCCGUCACAACCUUUUGGAAUCAUCCCUGAAAGCAACACGCAACUUUUCUGUUUCUGACUGGAGCAAAAACUUUGAAGUGAUUUUCCAGGAUGAAGAAGCCUUGGAUUGGGGAGGUCCUCGCAGAGAGUGGUUUGAAUUGAUCUGUAAAGUUCUGUUUGAUACUACCAAUCAACUUUUUACCCGCUUCAGUGACAACAACCAAGCUUUGGUGCACCCCAAUCCCAACAGGCCUUCAUAUCUGCGGCUGAAAGUGUAUGAAUUUGCAGGGCGCUUGGUUGGAAAGUGUCUCUAUGAGUCAUCUUUGGGAGGAGCUUACAAACAGCUGGUGAGAGCUCGUUUCACCAGAUCUUUCUUGGCUCAGAUCAUAGGACUGCGGAUGCAUUAUAAGUAUUUUGAGACGGAUGACCCCGAGUUCUAUAAAUCUAAAGUUUGUUUCAUCCUAAAUAAUGAUGUGAGCGAGAUGGAGUUGGUUUUUGCUGAGGAAAAGUACAGCAAAUCGGGACAAUUGGAGAAGGUGGUUGAACUAGUAACUGGUGGUGCUCAAAUGCCAGUCACAAAUGAGAAUAAAAUUUUCUACCUGAAUCUGCUUGCACAGUACAGGCUAGCCAAUCAGGUUAGAGAGGAAGUGGAUCACUUUUUAAAAGGUCUCAAUGAGCUAGUUCCUGAAAACCUCCUAGCUAUUUUUGAUGAAAAUGAACUUGAGCUGCUGAUGUGUGGUACUGGAGAUAUCAGUGUCUGUGAUUUCAAAGCACAUGCUGUAGUAGUGGGUGGUUCUUGGCACUUCCGAGAAAAGGUAAUGCGGUGGUUUUGGACAGUGGUCUCCAGUUUCACACAGGAGGAGCUGGCAAGGCUGUUGCAGUUCACCACUGGCUCUUCUCAGCUGCCUCCUGGAGGAUUUGCUGCACUCUGUCCAUCUUUCCAGAUCAUUGCAGCUCCAACGCACAGUACACUGCCAACAGCCCAUACUUGUUUUAACCAGCUGUGCCUCCCAACAUAUGAUUCUUAUGAAGAGGUGCACAAGAUGCUGCAGUUGGCCAUCAGUGAGGGCUGUGAGGGAUUUGGUAUGCUCUGACUCCCCCAGGAGGAGUCCAUUUAGCUUUCUGAGCUCUUCAGGGUAAGGUCCAUCCGGAUGUCCCUGCUCCAGUCUCAUGCAACUCUGGGAGCAAAAGAGGAUGAAGAAGAAACACCAUGCAAACAGAAAUGUCAAACUGCAGUGUCACAUAGAUGCCUCCCUGUGUCUGAAGCCUAUUAUUAGGAGCACCUCUUGCCCCUUUCCCUUCAUAGUAUGGUACAUGAAAUGGGGUUUAUCUUUUGGAGUGAUAUGGUACUUGCAUUUCAUAGGGCAUAAUAUGCCUGGUUUUCUGAAUGAAGGAAGCUCAUAAGCAAAUGUUAAUAUUUUGAUACAGGAGAAGAUCUGUAAUUUAUAGUAUUCUGGUUGUUUUGGGGAUGAGUAGACCAGUAUGGAGCUCUAAAUUCCCCUAUUUUGGGAAGCCUUAAUACCUUUCCAUGCCUUGGCCCAGGUUUUCACAUAAAUAAUGCUCUUGAAUUUUGCAGGAGUAUAUUAUUCUCCCCAUCCCACCCCACUUCCUUUUGGUACCUUGUCCUUUAGGGCUUUUUACUUCUCCCAGCUACCUUGCCUUGGGUGCUGCCCACUAGUUGCUCUUGCUGGGAAAGGCAGGCAGGCAGGUGGCAUUUCAUUUCUGGAGCACAAGUGCUAACCCCACCAGUGGCAUCAUUCUACCUCCACUAGGAGCUGGCAACAGGAUGUAUUUCUGUAGUGGCAGUGGCUUCCACUGGCCUAUGCCACUGAACUGGAAGAGGAGUUUCUUCUCCAAAUAGCUGUUUCUGACAGUACUCAUCCUCAGAGAGGAUGGAUAAUACACAUUAAAGUUUCAUGAAUACCCUAGUACUGAUUUUUUUGGAUACUUGAAAGCAGAGGUGGUAGGCCAAAAGGCAACUGAUAUUGUGUGCAUCAAGUGUAUGUUUGUAUACUAAUACAAGGAGGUGGUGAAUAUUGAGUACAGCCCAAUACCUUGGUCUCUCUCCCAUUCCACAGGGUCUGGUAUCUACCUCUACCAUAUGGCAGCAGCAGUAUUAUUUCUGUAGUUUGAGGCAGAGAAAUGUUAAAUAAUUUUUUUUGGUACUUGUGCCCUCCUUAUUUCCAGUUAUCUUGCAUUCUGUGUCCUGAGCAUUCCAUGACAUGAGGGGAUUAAAUUAGAGCUGUUGUUACUUUCCCAUGAAGAAAUGGGUCCCCAGAGCAGUACAGUGCUCUGUUUACUUUUCAUAUUAAGAAAGCAACAGUGUGAGCUGCCAUGUAUAAUAAAUAGAUGAACAUCUCUUGAUUCCAUCCUUUUCACCUCUCCUGUUUCUUUUGCAAUAAAGGAAUGGGAAUUCAGGGAUUCCAGCUGGUAAUCAUUUCAUCAUCAAAGCCAAAAUCUGUUUGGAUGGUGAACUGACUAUUUUGUCAGCAUCUAAAAUGUGUGUCUCCUGAUCAAGAGAUAGAAGUUGUUGGUGAAAGAGUGAGAGGAGCCUACAUUAUGACUGUCUGGAUUAAUGGUGUUCCACUCUCCUGCCCCCAAUUAGAAUCUUAGUUGGAUAGCUCGUAAAAACAAACCUUCAAAAAUUUCAAUUCAAGAUUGUACAAACUCUUCCAGUUCAAUCAUUUGGCUAUAGCUUGAGGUUAUAGAUUUAUUGAGAAGACAACUGGUUAUGUCUUACACUUUUUAAUGAUAGUUCUGUGCUUUUCCAACUUAAGCUGAAUCACUUGCAAUUAGAAAAUAAGACAGUUUGCAAAUCUGCAUGAAUAGAACACUUUAACUUGACAUUUCCUUUACCUGACUACAUAUCACAUUUGUACAGAACUUAAAGCCAUUGUUUUGCCAAAAAUGUUUAAACUCUGAGUAUUGGAACAAUUCAGGGAUCCCUUCCAUUUGGGGCAUUUUUAGAGACCACCACUGUAUUUACCUUCAUAGCAAAUAUUUUGUUUCUCCUCAAGCAGUUACUCUCUUUAAAAAAAAAGCUUAUAUGUGCCAUCUUAUUGCACUAAGGAUGGCUUCUACAAGCAGUGUGAUUCAGGCUCCUGAAUGCCUUUUGUCACUACCCACUGCUCUCUGCAGGGACCAAAAGGAGAUUAUGCUGCGCAGCUCAGCCAGGGAAUUGUUGGGGGUUGUUGCUUGGUGCUGAUCCAGUCCUUGUCUUGUUCCCUGGCCUACUGAAGGUUUUUUCCAGCCAUGGCUCAAGGUUGGUUUUGCUACAUCUUCCUCAGGAAUCUUCUCCUUUCUUCUCUAAAGCUUAGCUGUUUUUAUAUUGAGAAAUGAGUGGCUGGACAUUCAGCAGACAUCCUCUGCUUGAAACCACUCUCCUAAUAAUAUGUAUUUGGCACUUCUUGCCUCUCUGCAGAUGCCAAGGAUUUUCUUUUUACACAAGCACAGUCAAAGCAGUGGUGGGUGCUGCUAGUUCUUAGCUAUUCAUACACUUGUGUGUAUGCUCCUUUUCACCCCCAUUGGUAGCUGGGUCCAUUCUUCCCAGUGCUUUAUAAUCUCAAUUAUUUUCCUAACUUUCACUUACUGUUCAUUCCUAAUGUUGUAUGUCACCCUGAUUCCCAAGUGUGGGCCAUGGUAUAGACUGUGUUCUAGCCAUCUAUAGUGUGUGUGUGUAUAUUAUGAAGAGGUUUCUCCCAUUCAUUGGCCCCUACUUGUUCCAUCUAAUACUAAAUGCAUCAGUUUCAAAGACAGAGGUUAAGCCCAUGGUGUAGUUCCAUGUACAUCUUUGUCAUCUGGAGCUGCUCUGGAUACCACAGAACUUGGCCUGCAUCUGAGAACUACUUUGCAUGCUUUAGAAACCAAGAUCCAUUAUUUUAGCUUGGCUAGAGCCUAUUUCUAGCUAGCCAGAUCUAGACAGGAUUCAGCAAGAAUUAUGUAAGCCUCUACUAGAUGACUGUGUAAAUAGUUUGUAUAAUAAAUAAAAUUUACAGUAUGUUG